AUGUUACCUCCGUUGAAAAGGCAGGAUCAUAACGAUGAUUUAAGAAAAGUGCGUGAUUGUGGUAUUUUGACAAUGUCUGAUUUAAUCGAUCUAAAUAGUGACAUGUCUGUCGGUGACAUUAAAAGCUUUUUGUAUGCAUGGUUAGGAAAACAGAAUAAAAUUCCAAAUUAUGAUAUUCAAACACAAGGAACGAAACAACGCAUACGUUUCAAAUGCGAACCAUCAAAAAGUUCAUCAGUUUUAACAUCACAACAAUUCGGAACUUUACCAAAUGCUUUAGCACCUCAUUUAUUAGAUCAAAAUGCAACAACAACUAAUAAAAUCCCAAGCUUGUUACCUUACACAAGAGGACCUCCAGCUAAUUAUCUAGAACAAAUACGUUCUGGGCGAAAAAUGCUUGAGGAGCAAGAAGAAACCGACACAAAUGCGUCGAUUCACGGAAAUUGGACCAUUGAGAACAGUAAAGGACGGUUACAUCAAUAUUUACAAAGAUCUAAUUUAAAUCAAGAUUAUAAAUAUUCAGCAACAGGUCCAGAUAACAAUAGAACAUUUUUUGCUGAAAUGUCUGUUUAUAUCCGUGAACGGAAUUUAACAAUUCAUGCACGAGAAAAUGGAUCAACAAAAAUGAUUGCAUCAAAAAGUGUUGCACAAUCACUCGUACGACAAAUGUAUCAUUUGGGACUGAUUGAACCAUAUACAGGAGAAAAAAAGAAAAAACAAAUUGAGAAGACAACACCGUUUAAAGUUGAUGUCAGCCAGGAAAUUGUUGAACAAUUAGAUCGUGUUAUUGAAUCAUUUAAUAUCAAAUAUGUACAACUCAGUGGUCCAACCUCACAAUAUCCCGUAUCAUUGAUAACAAAUCAAAUUCUUGAGCGUUUUCCACCGUCAGAUCGACGUGAGGCAGCAAUUAUACAAUGGACACCAGCUCUACCGAAUUGGCAUCCAUGGACCGCAAGUAAUAUCGAUGAAGGUCCCUUGGCCACGGCUACAAUGGAGUCAAUUUGUGAAGAUUUAUCGCGUGUCCAAUCGUUUAAAUUCCAAGAUCAUGAAUAUUUGCAACGUAAAGAACAACGUCAAAAAUUACCUGUUUAUCAUUAUCAAGAGGAAUUAUUAAAACAAAUCGAACGAAAUAAUGUUAUUCUUGUUAGAGGUGCCACCGGUUGCGGCAAGACAACACAAAUUCCGCAAUAUAUUCUUGAUCAUGCCAUUGAAAAUAAUUCCGGUGCUCAUUGUAAUAUUGUUUGUACACAACCACGAAGAAUUUCAGCUAUAUCAAUUGCUGAACGUGUAUGUUGGGAACGUUGCGAAGAUUUGGGUCUAUCAGCUGGCUAUAGUGUUCGUUUUGAAUCCGUCUUACCUCGUCCAUAUGGAUCAUUAUUAUUUUGUACAGUUGGAGUUUUGCUACGCAAAUUAGAAAAUGGCUUAAGAGGAAUAUCACAUGUCAUUGUUGAUGAAAUACAUGAACGCGAUAUAAAUACAGAUUUCUUAUUAGUUGUUCUUCGUGAUAUGUUAAAAGCAUAUCCAUUGUUAAAAGUAGUUCUUAUGUCAGCAACAAUCGACAUCACAUUAUUUCGUGAAUAUUUUUACAAUUGUUCAGUUAUUGACAUUCAAGGUCAAACGUUUGAUGUUAAAGAAUAUUAUCUCGAAGAUAUCAUCCAAUUACUCAAUUUUCAACCACAUUUAUUAUCAAAAAAAGAAAAAAAUCGAAAUAAAAAUAUGCAAGAUGAUGAUGAUGAUAUCGGCUACGAAGACUCUCAAGAUGACGAUGGAGUGGAAACGAACUGUAAUGCUAUUUGUGGUAAUGAAUAUGCGCCAGCAACUCAUAAUGCUUUGAAACAAUUGAGCGAAAAAUCAUUGUGUUUUGAGCUGAUAGAGUCGUUACUAUCAUAUAUCAGUAGUUUGGGUGAUAAUGGUGCUGUUCUUAUUUUUCUACCUGGAUGGAAUUUGAUCACAGCAUUAUUAAAAUAUUUUCAACAACAUCCAAGAUUUGGCUCAUCGGCCUUUCGUAUACUGCCGUUACAUUCACAAUUACCUCGCGAAGAACAACAUCGUGUUUUUGAAUCCGUUCCACAAGGUGUCAAAAAAAUUAUUUUAAGCACAAAUAUCGCUGAAACAAGUGUUACCAUUGAUGAUGUCGUCUAUGUGAUCGAUUCAUGUAAAGUCAAACAAAAAUUAUUUACAUCUCAUAAUAAUAUGACUCAUUAUGUCACGGUUUGGGCAUCAAAAACUAAUUUGACUCAGCGGAAAGGUCGAGCUGGGCGUGUUCGUUCAGGUUGCUGUUUUUAUCUAUGUUCAAAAGCGCGUUAUAAAAAAUUAGAAAAUUAUUUGACACCAGAAAUAUUUCGAACACCGUUACAUGAACUAGCUUUGGCUAUUAAACUGUUACAUCUUGGUGGUAUUAAAGACUUUUUGAUGAAAGCAAUCGAACAACCGCCAAUGGACGCAGUGGCAGAAGCAGAAGUUGCAUUAAAAAAUAUGCAAGCUAUUGAUGAAAAUGAUGAAUUAACACCACUAGGGAAAAUCUUAGCACGCUUGCCUAUUGAACCAAAAAUGGGAAAAAUGAUUAUUUUAGGAUGCAUUUUCUUUGUUGGAGAUGCUGCAUGUACAAUUGCGUCAUGUACAAGUUUUCCUGAACCGUUUCUGCAUGAUGGAAAACAUAUUCGUGGGAUGCAUAAAUCGUUAGCUGGACAACGUUAUAGCGAUCAUGUAGCAUUAUUAAAUGGAUUUCAACAAUGGGAAAAAGAAAAAAUGCGUGGUGGUGAGCGAGCAGAAUUAGAAUUUUGUGAUAGAAAAUGUUUAAACGCAUCAAUAAUGAGAAUGACAUUUGAAGCAAGAAAUCAAUUACGUGAUAUAAUGGUAAUGUCUGGUUUUCCCGAAGAUUGUGUUCAACAACAAUGGUUUGAUGUUAAUCGACCAGAUACUAAGUUAGAUAUUGUGAUAUCCUUAUUGUGUUAUGCUUUGUAUCCAAAUGUUGCUUAUCAUGUAUCAAGGCGAAAAUUAUUAACCACCGAAGGCAAAGAGGCACUGAUUCAUAAAAAUUCUGUUAACUGUGGUCGAGAAAUUCCAGUAUUUCCCUCACCGUUUUUUGUAUUUACAGAAAAAAUCAAAACACGUGCAGUAUCAGCUAAACAAAUGAGUAUGUCAACACCAUUACAACUGUUGCUUUUUGCAUCAGAACAAAUUGAAAGUAUUGAAUCAGAUAUGAUUUGUUUAGAUAAUUGGAUUGUAUUGAACAUGAAUGAAUCGUUAGCAUCAAAAAUUGUGUCACUACGUCCAGCUAUCGAAGCUUUAAUUAUCCGAUGUACGAAAGAUCCAAAUGAAGCUUUAAAUCGACCACAAGACAUUGAACAAUUACUUUAUUUGAUACGUCUCCUAUCCGAUCAAGUAUACGAACAUGUCCUCUGCGAAAAAGUACCUAAUAGUGACGAUUCAACAGCGACACAAACUCUAAAAUUUCAGAAUUAUCAGCCACCACCAAAUCAGAGUAGUUAUUUUAAUAAUAGUAAUAGUUCAUCGUAUCAUCGAGGACGUGAUAAUGGUGGUAGUCGUUAUAGUCGAUAUUCAUCGAAUCGCGGCGGAAGUUUUCAAGGCCGAAGUAAUUAUUUUAAUCAACAACAAAAUGAGAGUAACAAUUCUACUUCUGCAGCAACUUUUCACACACCAUCACCACAAGAUGGGCCAUCUUCUUAUGGUAUAACCUCAACAACAAAUUUUCAUACAGUUUCUGGUAGUAAAAAUGAUCAAGAGUCUCAGCCUGCAGUGAAACGUUCAUACGAAUCUGCAUUUGCAUUUGCACCUGACGAAGAAGAAGAAUUCGAAUCAAAUCAACCACAACAACAGCAACAACAACAACAGCAACAAACAUUUCAACAUCAAUAUCGAGGAUCAAAUUUUAAUCGUGGAGGAAGAGGCAGAGGACAGAGUUAUUAUCAGAAUAAUAAUCGUAGUCGAUUUCAACGUGGCAAAUAUUUUUGA